UAAUCAAAAUACCAGAAAAAAUUAUUGAUGUACAGUAACGAACUAUUUGUACUUCGUUACGUACCGCCGGUGGCGAGAAAUAUACUUAGGAUAGAGAGGUUGUAUUGGGUAAAAGUGUUCCUAAUUUCCUUUUAACUAGUCCGUAAACACAUAUAAUGGUCUCAUCUUUAACAUUGUGCUUGUAUGCGAUUUGUCGUGUCCGCAUGAAAUUAUGACGUCGUGAUUAGACUGGAGCUGGAUCUGUAACGUCGCUGCACGAGCAUCGAGUGACGCGAAACGAGACGGCUGAAACGAUGACAUUUCAGUUAUCUUCCCGGCUACUAGUUCGCUAUUACUGAACCACUCUGAAUGUCCAUUCUCCAAAGUUAUGUAGGCUGCAGUCCCAACGACAGUAAUGUGAUGGUCUUUCUCCGACCGCCGCAUCCGGCUCGGCUGCCGUCAUGGAGCUGGACCAAGUGACUGCGGAACCUGGCCGGGGAAAUGAGGAGGAAGCUGGGCUCGUUUUGCAUCUGGACCUCGCUGAGACAGAUCCAGCCAAAAAGGGUCAAGGAGAGAUGCCAUCUCCGUUUGGAGCAGGCCAAGCUCCCGAGAAGAAGAUUGGCCACAGGAGGGUGGAUGCCUCCGGGGAGACGUCAUACAAGAAGACUUCCUCCUCCGCCUUAAAAGGGGCCAUCCAACUGGGUAUCGGCUAUACUGUUGGCAAUCUCAGCUCCAAGCCCGAGCGAGAUGUGCUCAUGCAGGACUUCUACGUGGUGGAAAGUAUCUUCUUCCCCAGCGAGGGCAGCAACCUCACGCCAGCCCACCACUUUCCCGACUUCAGGUUUAAAACGUACGCCCCUGUGGCUUUCCGCUACUUCAGGGAACUGUUUGGAAUCCGACCAGAUGACUACUUGUAUUCCCUCUGUAACGAGGCAUUGAUCGAGUUGACCAAUCCAGGAGCCAGCGGCUCCAUUUUCUACGUGACACGCGAUGAUGAGUUCAUCAUCAAAACGGUCCAACACAAGGAGGCAGAGUUCCUACAGAAACUGCUGCCUGGCUACUAUAUGAACUUGAACCAGAACCCCCGGACAUUGCUUCCAAAGUUCUUUGGUCUCUAUUGUGUCCAGUGCGGGGGUAAAAACAUCCGAGUUGUCGUGAUGAACAAUAUUCUACCGCGCUCUGUACGCAUGCACCUUAAAUUUGACUUGAAGGGCUCCACUUACAAGAGGCGAGCAUCCAAAAAGGAGCGGGAGAAAACCAGACCCACUUUUAAAGAUCUAGACUUCCUCAGUGACGUUCCCGAGGGCCUCAGCCUGGACCAGGACACCUACAGUGCUCUGGUCAAAACCCUGCAAAGAGACUGUCUGGUGCUGGAGAGUUUUAAGAUCAUGGACUACAGUUUGCUCCUCGGGGUCCAUAACAAGACACAUGCGCAGAGAGAGCGUCAGUCCCAUGGUUCGCCAGCAGGUGGCGCGGAUGAAAUGCGGCCUGCUGCACAGAGAGCUCUGUACUCCACUGCAAUUGAGUCGAUCCAGGGAGGGUCCACAUGCAGGGAGACUCUCGACCAUGAUGACACAAUGGGUGGUAUUCCGGCUGUGGGAGUCAAAGGAGAGCACCUCCUCCUUUUCAUCGGAAUCAUCGACAUUCUGCAGUCCUAUCGAUUAAUUAAGAAAUUUGAGCAUUCCUGGAAGUCUCUCAUCCACGACGGGGACACGGUGUCCGUUCACAGGCCGGGUUUCUACGCGGAGCGCUUCUACAAGUUUUGUAGCGGCGUCGUCUUCAGGAAGAGUUGCUCACUGAGACCAUCUCCUUCUAAACGGGGCCGUGGAACCCUCUCCAUGUUCAAAUCCGGUACCGGUGCAUCCGGGUGGGUCGGCCAGCAUCCCUCGCAGAGCGAUGAGCCGCAGGAAAACUUGGACAACCCGGAGAGCCCGCGAGGACCUCACAGCUUCCUGGUGCUGGAGGACAGUGCGAGAGAGCCGCCCUGCACGCCUCCCUCCUUUGAAGACGCCACCACGGCCUCCAUCGCCACCACACUCUCCUCAAACAACUCUGUGCCCACCACCCCCUUCGACACCCCCGAGCAUCCGCGCUACAGGAAACAAAUGCUCUCACCCGAUACGGCCAAGUCCCACAAAGAGGUCGUGGAAGUUCACGAGAAGAAGCCUGAGAUCAUAACAGUCGAAGUUGAGCUCAGUAAAAUUCCAUCCAGCACCGAGCUCACACAAAGGACCGGCGCGACCUCGCCAGCUGACAAUCAGGCCAGCUUCAUUCCUCCAUCCACUCUUCCUCCUCCUCUCAACCCCUCAUCUGCACACGACUCGUCAAGCCUCCCUCCCACCUCCCCAUCCUCCCCCAGCGCCGCUCAAUCAGCGUGCCAGUCCUCCUCCACACUUUGCUCUUCCAUCCGCCCCUCCGCCAAACCGCUCCUCACCUCUCCGUCCACCCCCCUCACGCGCACGCUCCCUCACCCGGCCACGCAACCCACACGUUCCGCUUCAGCGAACCCUUCGACCCCGGACGCUACCGCGCUCGAGCCGUCCUCGGCGUUUACCCCCAUCUGUCCCGCGUCCUCUCACUCCUCCGUGCAAAGUUCCUCUCCUCAUCUCCCUGCGGGCAAGCCAGCGUGCACUCCGGUGUCACAAGACGCGUGCAAUCAGCUGUCUGUCUCAAGCAGCCACGACUCGCUGGAUGGCGAGGUGCAGGUUUCCGAUAUCUACUUUUAUGCAGAUGGCAGAUAUUGGGUGUACUCUCCUGUUCUUGGCCGUCGUAAGCUAAACUCGAGCUGGAGUUACACCACUCAGGAGGACCGGAGCUGUGUGCAUUCUCCUCACUCCAGCUCAGAAGAUGACUCAUGAGGAAUGUGAGUCAUCGCUCAGAGGGGAGGCGGCGAGAAGCAAAGAAGAGCGCGUGGAGCGCAAGCUGUGUGUUUUUCCGCCACUUUCUAGAGCAAGCUGCCGGUUUCAAGCUGCGCUACUACGCUUUGAUGCCGAGAGCUUAGGUGGCAUGUGGACUUUUGCAGCUGUAAAACGGAUCGACAGAACAAGCUCACCCGAAAAGCAUUUCAAUAGCCCGAACCCAAACUCCUCAUACGUGGUGUGAAAUCUGUUGCCGUGGCAGUAGUGGCUGUGCAAUAUUUUAGAAACGUGAACAUCUAGCAUAUGUAUCCCUUAUUUGUUGCACUUUUAAGAAGUCAAAUUUUUAAAAUCUGCAUUCAUUGUAUUAAUUACUAUUUUUUCAUAAUUGUUAUAAGACUGUCUUGUGUUCUCUGGAGGCACCCAAAGUCUACUCUUCAUCAUGCCUUAUUGACUAACAAAAAGGAAAAAAAAAAAGGUCGACAAUUUG